AUGGACACUCUCCCGAGCGACGUGCUGCUCGCGAUUGUUCACAAGCUGGCAGCCCAGGACCCGCUCGCCCUGCUGACUGCCACCUGCGCCUGCAAAGCAAUUCUCCGUGUGACUGAGGACAACGAGGGGGUCUGGAGGGACAUCUUUUAUGGCUCAGAAAUGGGCCUGAUUUCGGAGACAGAUCGUCAGUCUAUAGCAGGGGAAAAGGGGGGUUCCAGCUGUCUGGAUGCUGAGUUACAGUCAGUAACGGGCGGGUUCAAGCAGCUGGUGGCAGCGCGGUAUGCGGCAAAGUCAAUGACCCCGGUUGAACAAAACCAAGCAAAAAGGUUCUGCUUGGGCAUUGGCGAAUCAUACGCGUUCCGCAAGGAUCCUCUGAGCUCACCGGAUAGCUUGGAGGCCAACAAGAUCCUGCUCUUACUUCGGCUGCAAGGCAGCGUCGUCUUGUGGGGAGUCCAUACGCCACCGGUCGUCUACCCGGACUCGUUGCCUGUCGGAUCCCCAGGGUUCAAAACAAAGUUACAACCCGUGUUUACAACUGACCACUUUUUGGAAGCCAUGCAAGAGGCACGUGGUUGCCUUUGCCCGACACGUGGCACGAAGGGCCUCUGUGGGAAGGUGUGCCUUGAGCUCUAUGAGCUGCAGCGGCAACGACCCGGCGGGCGUGCCUUCGUGGUCGAGAGGCUGUGGAGUGGACCUCUCAAACUCUCCAAUCCUCUGACCUGUUUCUAUGAGGCGCUUCAAGUUCUCUUUAGGAUCGACGGCCGGAUCUACCCGACCUGCCCGCCUAGGCCUGUCAGAUAUUCGAGAUCCGGCUCGUGUGAAGAAUCUCUGAGGGCGAUUGUGAAUCUUGGAAAACGACCGGCGUCAGAAAGGCAGCGUCGUCUUAUGGGGCCUCCAGACGACGCCGAGCGAUGCGCCCUACUUUUUCAGGACAACCGCUGA